UAAGUAUCUACUCCAUUUGUUAGCUGUGGCUGGCUCCCGCCACUUGCUCACCAGCAUCCGUUUCGUCUAAAGAGCUGCGUAUUGUCGGGAUGGAGGAGACUGUCCGUCAGUUGUCCUCGUAUGCUGAUCAACACAAAAUUCGUGACCUGGUGCAGGAACUGGUGUGCGGUCUCCUGCGGGACCAACCCGAGGACCCUGUGAGUCACCUGUUGACUCUGCUGAGGAGGAAACGCCACGCCCCCCGGGUGCUCAUCCUCGGCCCUCCCAGUGUCGGAAAACGAACUCUAGCCCGGAAGCUGUGUGCCGAGUUGGGGGCCGUCCAUGUUACCCUGGAAAGUUUACAAGUGGGCCAAUCGGAGCUGACCGUCACUGAGCAGGUUGCACUGCUGCAUCACAAACUGCAGGGGGAAGAUUGCAUCAUCAAGGGUUGGGUGCUUCAUGGGUUCACUGUGGCGCAUAUUCAGAGUCUGCUGCAGGGCAGCGCUCUCCCUGAUCAUGUUGUGCUCCUGGACGCUCCUCUAGAUGUGUUGGCAGUCAGGAGUAGCGGCCGGAUGCUGGAUCCUCUGACAGGAGAUGUGUACCAUCAGACUUUUGUGAGGCCACUCCAUGAUGCUGUGGUGCAGCGGCUGGUUCUGGCGCCGGGUCCAACAGAGAAGCAGCUGGAGAAGGAGUUGCUGCGACACCGGUGUGAUGUCACCGGACUGAGCUUCACUUUCCAACACACACUGAGGUCCUUCAAUGCCGACGUGCCGCCCCUGGAGCUUUUCCAUCAAGCCCUCGCCUUCAUCCGCACAGGUCGCUGCUAUAGAACUCCCAGAGUGCUGCUGCUGGGCCCGCCUGGAUCAGGGAAAAGUCUUCAGGCACAGCUGUUGGCAGACAAAUACAAGAUGGUGGAUGUGUGCCCCAGUCGGCUCUUGAGGUCAGUGGCAGCAGACGGGUCGUCUCUGGGGACUCGGGUCCGAGUGUAUGUGGAGGAGGAUCAGCCUGUUCCAGAAGCACUGCUGCUCCAGGUUCUGGAGGAGCGGCUGAGUGAACCAGACUGCAGCAGCAGAGGCUGGAUCCUCCACGGUGUACCCCGAGACCUGCAGCAGCUGAGGUGGCUGCAGGAGGGCCCACACCGGCCCAACAGGGUUUUUUUUCUGGACCUGACGGACCACAUCUGCCUGGAGAGAGUCUGUCAGAGAGCAACGGACCCGAUCACCGGAGAGAGGUACCACGCUGUGACCCAACCUGCUCCAACAGACCAGGUCCAGAAGCGACUGCUGACCCGACCAGAAGAUCAGAUCCAGUCUGUGAAGCGCUUGCUGGAGGAGUUCAGGACGCAUAGGGCCGCCCUGCAGUCUGCUUUUCCAGAUAUGAUCCAAAUCGACGCCGACCAGGAUCCUGGGUGUGUGUUGGAGACCCUGGAGCAGCGACUGACCACCACCUGAUCAGUGGAUCACUCCACCUACAGCUUGUUUGGUUGUUCUUGAGUGUAAACACCAGCACGUCAUGUUGACAGACAGAAGAGCUAUGAUUAAUGUGUGUGAUGGUGUGAAGUGCAGCAGCAAAUAUUUAUAUCGUCAUCGGAGGGAAAUGGCAGGAGUGGACAGCAGAAAAAAGGAGACUUACAAUUAAGACCACAAACAUUCCUGUGAAAACAGCUAAUGACACCAGUAGACAUCAGAUUAAGUGGACUUGCAGGUGCAUCAUUUAACAAGGAACAAGUGAUCUGUGUAGAAAAGCAGGAAACGGCAAAGCAAAUUUUCUUGUGCUGUCCAGGAUAAAAAGACGAAAAAGGAAAAAGAGCCAAUGAAAUCCUGGUGUGGACCUGAUUAACAAAAUAUAGGACUCGAGAUGAUGCAGACUGAAUUAACCAGCGGGGGGCAGCAAUGCGCUAAACAGUGUUUAGUCUGUGAAAAGAAGAAGAGCUGAAGCGUUGCCCAUCUACUUCCGCCUUGUGACCUAAGUAACAAAAAAAAAAAAAAAUGAACAGGAGUCAAGAAAUGAAACUUAUUUUCCGACCUAUCUUGAAAUAUGCCAUAAAUCUCAGUGCACAGAUUUUCGACGUGUUUUUGUGUAUGUAUUUUUGGCUACUCAAAUUUUCUCGAGCAGCUGCGACCAGGCAUUUCCGUCUACGACUGAUGACGUGUGAUGCCCCAUACCCAUCUGUUGCAGCUCAACUUUGAUGUUUAGGGACAUCUAAUCUAAUAAUACAUACACAAAAAUAUGUUGCUUGUCCAGUGAUGUCACAAUACAGAGACAAACUAUUUAGUGUUCAAUAUAAUAAGAUUUAUACUGAACACACAAACACACAGUAAAGCAUGUUUACAUUAAAGUGCAUGUGAACAUUAUAUUUGCAUUAUUAGAUAGAGCAUGUAAAGCGGUCAAAUUCUUUGAAACUGUUCAAGAGGAAAAAUUGUGCUA